CUUUUUACUAAUGAAAAUUUGUUGGAUUUGUUGAGAGAAGUAAAGGAGAAGACAGAAAAAACUGCUAAUGAAAAAAGGCAAAAAAAAAGAAAUGACUACUUAAUGAUGGAUAGUACAGAAGACUGA